AUGCUGACAGCAGGAGGGGGCCCCCUCUUCUGUGCUCUGCGACAGGCUCCCCGCAGCCACGCAGCAGCAACGGAAGCUGCUGCUGCAGCUGCUGCUGCAGCAGCAGCAGCUGCUGCUGCUGCUGCUGUGGCCUCCGAGAGCCACAGCUGCCAACGUGUGCCUUCGAGCGACGGUUUCUGGUGUACAGACAGCUGCAGCGGAGACACAACAGGGGGCCUCAAGAUAUCUUUUAGGCUGCCGAGUGGGUCUCAGCUUCAGGAUAGUGCAGCAUUGGGGGCCCCCAAUGGUGGGGGGGCCCCCCAGCAGCAGGAGACAGGAGGGAGGGGGCCCCAGCAGCAGCAGGAGACAGAGGGGGGCCCUGUCUGCUCAGCAGCUUCUGGAAAGGGUUCAGAGGCUGCUGCAACCUUAGCGGGGGGCCCCCGGGGGCCCCCCCGAGAUCCUGCUGCUGCUGCUGACGCACAUAACCACGGGGCCGCUGGGAGUCGCUGCGGCUGCUACGCUUCUUGUCUCUGCAGUACUGCUGCUCCUGCUCCUGCUGCUGCUGCACGUGCUGCAGCAGAGCUUAGGGGUGCAGCAGCACGCAAGACAAGCAGCAACAAAGAUGAUACAGAGACCCUCAGAGAGGGGCCCCCACAGGCGGUACGCGGGGUGUCUCCUCAAGGUGCAGGGGGGGCCCCCCCCCAGUCUGUAAAAGGAGACAGUGCGUGCAUUGCAGGUCAGGGUCCUUCUCCUCGCUCUUCAUCUCGGCGUCGUGGAGAGGGAGGGGGGGCCCCUGGGGGGCCCCCCCGUGGGGCCCCGCGGGGCCCGACAGCAGCGCAGGGUUUGCGAGAGGAUGAGGGGGAGGCUGCAGCAGGAGCAGCAGGAGCAGCAGGAGCAGCAGGAGGGGCCCAAGAGAGACAGGGGGCGUGCGGGAUAGUAGGGGGUCGUGUUCAGGUGUCUCUGCACAUUCAAAUGGAGUACUAUCCUUUAUCUUUAGAGCAAUAUAUUGCAAGGACACCGACUGUACAGGGCCCUCAAGAAGCUCUCUUCUUAUAUCAUUUAGUUGAAGGUGUCUCCUUUUGUCACAGUCAAGGGAUUAUACACCGCGAUAUUAAACCCUCUAACGUAUUUCUUACUGCAGAGGGGACCCAGAGAAUAGGAGACUUUGGCUUGGCUUUUAGAGAGGAGCUUAGCAGUGAACAUCACAACCCGAACUUGGGGGGCCCCCAUACACCAGGGGGCCCCCAGGGGGGCCCCCAAGGGGGGCCCCUUGGCGCUAUCCGAACCCUGGGGACACCAGAUACAGAGGAGAAUCCAGCAGCAGCAGCAGCAGCAACAGCAACUGCAGCAACUGCAGCAACUGCAGCAGCAGCAACAACAACACUUGUGCCUUUGGAGCAUGCUGCAGUCUCGCCGGGGACAACACCAUCAACACCACCAACACCAGCAGCAGCAGCAGCAGCAGCAGCAGCAGCAGCAGCGGCGUCUCAUGCAACAGGAGCGCAAAUAGCAGCAGUGGAGUCUGCUGCAUCGGCGUGCGGUUCCUCAGCAGCUUCACCCUCAGCGGCUCCAGUAGCAGCUGUAGCAGCAGGAGGAGCAGGAGGAAGCGGUGCUGCUGCUGCUGCUGCUGCUGCUGCUGCUGCAUGCGUUGCUGCAGGCGGCAAUCGAACACGGGGCGUAGGGACAACAGUUUAUGCACCCCCAGAGCAGCUGCAAGGGGGACAGUACGGUAGUGCUGUUGAUGUCUGGGCUCUAGGUAUGUUAGGAGUAGACUUGUUUAGUAGAGCGGAGACAGUUAUGGAGCGAUGCGAGAUACUAAGAAGAGCAAGAGAGGGGUGUCUCCCCGAAGGCCUUCGAGUUAAGUUUCCCGGUGUUGCUGCCUUCUGCAGUCUCUGUCUCCAAAGAGACCCUCAGAGAAGACCUGCAGCAAGUCAGCUUAAAACGUUGCUAGAUCAGGGAGGCCUCUUCAGCUCCCUGCUGCGUGCAGCAGCAGCAGCAGCAGCAACACACCGCAGCAGCAGCAGCAGCAGUAGCACAACACAGCACCAGCAAGCACCGCCACCACCCCACGCACAACCGCCAGCUGCAACUGCAGCAGCAACAGCAGCAGGAGCUGUUGUUACUGUUGCUGCUGCAGAGGAUGGGCUCCUCACUGAUGUCGGUCUUCCGUUGCCACGCCCACUGCAGCAGCAGCAACAGCAACAGCAGCAGCAGCAGCAGCAGCAGUUGCAGCAACAGCAGCAGUUGCUGCAUGCGAGCCGCGUGAGCUGCAAAUCUGGGGGGGACAUAUAUCUGGUGCCUCCGUCUCCGUUUGCUCUGUGCACUCCUAAAGUGUCUCCUUUGGGGCUGCAUGAGGCUGGAGGAGGUGUCUCCUUUCAGCCUCUGGUGUCUCCAUGUGGGAGUGUACGCUCUCCUCUGAUGGGUGGAGUGGGUUGCAGCAGCUGCAGCCGUUGCAGCAGUUAUAACGGUUGCAGCAGCAGCAGCAGCAACAGCAGCAGCAGCAGCAGCAGCAGCUGGGUUGAAGAUCCGAGCGGGGGCUGCUGCAGCUGCUUGUUUCUCCCUGCGUCUGUUGAGAUACGUUCACGCAAAGGCUUCUGGAAGCGGCGAUGGGUCACUUUAGCUCUCUCACGGUGUCGUCUUUAUGUUUAUUCACAGCCGUCAGAUAUAAAACCGCGACAAGUGUUUGAUCUGGGGGGCCCUGAGGGUUUUGCUGCAGUAGAAGUGCAGCUGCUGCAGCCACCAGAGACCCCAACAACUGCAGCAGAUACGUCUCCUGAUGGAGACGAUCAGCGCUGCUGCUCUUGCUGCGAAGCAGCAGCAGCAGAACAGAUCCGUUCAUAUGCAUAUCUUGAUAUUGAUGUUGACUGGGGGGGCCUACCACCUCCAGCUGGAGGGGGGCCCCACCAGAGCUGCAGCAGCAAACCUGCAGAGCCUGCUGCUUCUCGUGCUGCAAGCCCUAUGGCUGGAAGCAUAACUCAACGCAGCCUCUUAAGGCCCUUCAGCAGCAGAACAGGGGGCCCCCAGCAGCAGCUUCUCUCCCCGAACGUGAACGUUAUUGCAGCAAGAGGGGGCCCCUGUGCAUGCGAUAAAGAAAGACAGCAUCAACCACCACACCCCGAUACACACACUGCAGCAGCAGCUGCAGCAGCAGCAGCAGCAACAGCAACUCCAGCGAAUAGACCAGCGCAACUUAAACCUGCUUCAGCAGCUACAGGAGCCACACUCGCACCCGCUGUUGCUCCUGCUUCUGCAGCUGCGGGUGCUGCUGCUGCACGCGGUGCUGCAGCACCUGCAGCAGCAGCAGCAGCAGUUGGUUCUUGCGUUGAUUCAGUAGGAGGGAAGCUGUGCUUGGGGUCUCCUGCAACACCAAUGCGAGGAGCAGCAGGUGGGCCCCGCUCAGCAGCAGCAGCAGCAGCAGCAGCAGGGACAGGAACAGCAGCAGGAACAGCAGCAGGAGGAAGGGUACGGGUGCCCCCAAUAAAGGAGACAAAAUCUCCUUUGGGCAGCAGCAGAGACACCUGCGAGGGAGGGGCUGUGUGGGCCUUAGUGCUGAAGGCUUCACCUUUAAGAGAAGAUUUAUGCAUGCGUGUCUCCGUCGGGGCUGCUGACAGCAGGCAGAAGAGGACUCCUUGCAGCAACAGAGCUUGGCUUGAGGGGCUCUUAGGGAUCAUGCGUCAAGUGCAGCAGCAGCAUCAGCAGCAGCAGCAGCAACAGCAGCAGCAGCAGCAGCAGCAACAGCAACAGCAGCAACAACAGCUGCUCUUGCAGCAGCAGCAAAUCCAGUAG